UUGGUAAUCAACGAAUCAAGACGAACGUAGGAAAUCGGGGAGAAGUCCCGUCACCCGGCCCUACAACGUGUUAAAGACUUAAUGGUCAUGGUUGCAACUAAAGCUUGCUCACGUAGAACACAUAUUUGCGUUUUACAGAUGCUUCUUGGCAAGCUUAUCUGAGAAACGAGCAGCCUUUAGCCUGUUCCAACACUUCAAUGUCGUGUCCACGCAGUCAACUGCGAAACCGGGCUGCGUUUUGAAAGUUGGGGAAAUUUCUGGGGCCUUUCAGGCAAGCUCCCGUCUUCUGAUGUUGCACGUUCUCCCUAAACGAUUCCUAAACAGUGGUUCCAAUCCUAUGCGUAUCGAGUCUCCCACCCAUGUUGUAAGCUCAUUGAAUCGAGAAGGCAGCUGUGCCUUCAUUGACCGCCACUUUGUCGUCAUCGUGGAAUGUGAAGACGACUGUGAAUACUUCGUAUUGUUUCUGCUGCUCAUCUAUUCGCAGACACCACAACUUGUUGAGCUUACAGUUCUUGACGAGCACUUUAUAACAGGAUGCAAAUUUGAAGUCCACGGUAUCUCUGCCGGCGCUACGUCAUCGGUUCAAUCAUUGGCCAUCUCCUUUGGUUCUGUGGAGUACGUUGUGAGGAGAUCAGAACCAGAAUUGUGA